AUGGGUGAUUCUUUAUUUUCAAUUUUGGUUGAUGAGACUCGUGAUAAUUCUAUAAAUGAACAAAUGGCAGUUGUUUUAAGGUUUGUUGACAAGAGUGGGAAAGUGAAGGAGCGUUUGUUGGGCAUUUCUCAUGUUACGGAUACUUGUGCCCAAUCACUGAAGGAUGCCAUUGAUGCAAUGCUUUCUACAUAUAGAUUGAGCAUAUCUAGCCUGAGAAGUCAAGGUUAUGAUAGAGCAAGCAAUAUGUCAGGUGAGUUCAAUGGCUUAAAAGCUUUAAUUUUAAGAGAAAAUCCAUAUGCUAUAUAUAUCCAUUGCUUUGCUCACCAGCUUCAGUUGGCAGUUGUUACUGUGGCACGUACGGAUCAUAUGCUUGGUGAUUUUUUUAACAUGCUUGCUAUUAUUGGGAAUUUGGUUGGUGCAUCAUGUAAGCUUGUAGAUUCUCUUCGAGCAAGUUAUUAUGCUAAUAUUCUGGAGAAGCUUAAUAUUGGGGAACUUACUAAUGGAACUAAUCAGUUCCAAGAAAUGAGUUUAGCACACCCAGGUGAAACUAGAUGGGGCUCACAUCUACUGACAAUUACUCGCUUUAUUAGUAUAUUCAAUGCCGUCAUAGAUGUUCUUGAAAAUAUAUCAGAAGAUGACAAAAAUAUAGGUCAAAAAUCAAUGGCUAAUAAGAGAGAUAAUGGUUGGGAUACUUUGUUGAGUAAGGUAAUUGAGUUUUAUGUUGAUAGACAUAUUUCAGUACCCAAUAUGGAAGAUAUUGUAGUAAUGAAAGGUCGACCUAGGCGUGCAGCUCAAUUUGUUUUGUCAUCUUUUGAUCAGGCUAAAUUGGUACGUCUUCCCCAGUUCUAUCCUUUGGACUUCAAUAGUGACGAGCUUUUAUUACUUAGACCCGAACUUGACAAGUUUGUUAUGCUUAUGAGAAUGGACGAAGCUUUCUUUAACCUCAAAAGCAUAUCUUGUGUAGUUCAGAAGUUGAUUGAAACUAGAAGUAGUUGUUAUUUUCCAUUGGUUUAUAGGCUGAUCACCUUGGUUUUGAUAUUACCUGUGGCAACUGCAAGUUUUGAAAGGGUAGUUCCUGCCUGGUUGAGCUGCUUACCUAUAAAAGGUGAUCUUAUUGAAGUAAAAGUUGUUCAUGAGCAGCUUUGCACAAUGGUCGAGAGGUUCGAUAGGGAACUUCUGGGUCCCAACAAUCAAUAUCUUCCCAAAAUAGUCGCCGUAUUUGUUGAGGAAAUGUUUGAAGCCUUGUCGGCUUAUAUGAUUGCAUUGUUGUAUUGCACCCUUGUCGGGUUAUAUUGA